UCUUGUAAAGCAAUAUAGUUACAGUGUGCACUGUUUGUAAUUUGUAGUUUUAUUGCAUACGAAAAUCUGUUAGUUUACACUGUACAUCAGGUCAACUGUUAACUGUUCAAGGAAAUUAAAAGGAAUAACUUUUAUCAAAAUCCAGACUAAUCGACCAUGUGCAGCAUUGCGGAAGACGAUUUUGGCGACGAGGGUGGUUUGCACGUGAUGAAGGAAGAAUCACCCACCCCCAGUACGGCGGGUUCAAUAACAGAUGAAUGCUGUCGCAAGUGCAACCAGAACCAGGCUGUAUUGAAGCUGAACCUGAAGGAACCUCAGUGUCGCGAUUGUUUCCUGCACUACGUUCGACAUAAGUUCCGAGCUGCACUCGGAUCGACUAAGAUCGUCCGUCGGGGAGCAAAGGUUCUGGUUGUGUUCAAUGGUUCUCGAGAAAAUGUGGUUAUGCUGGAUAUGAUACGCUACGGAUUGCAACAAGAAUCAUUCAAAAAAUUAAGAAUCGAUCCUGUGGUGCUUUUCGUAAGCGAGGACUUUUUAGCAACGGAUCAGAAGAAACGAUUGAAAGCGAUAGAGGACAAACUGAACGUGCUAAAACAAUUCGAGUUUUCAUCAUAUGUUACUGUUCUUGGAGGACUUGAGUGUUGCAGCUUGAAUGAAGCCAAUUUGUUGGAAAACUUUGUAGACAGUCAAGAAAAACUUGAAACGAUUUUAAAAGGCAUCAAAAGUACUACUUCAAAGCAGGAUUUUAUAGUGCAAAUUAGAAGACAAACAUAUAAAACCUUCGCGAAAAAACUCGAAUGUGGUUAUAUCUUUUUGUCUGCCAUUGGGCUAGACCUCGCCAAAACACUUCUCUCCAACGUUGCUCUUGGGAGAGGACGAUCCCUUGCUUCUGACAUUGCAUUCUGUGAUGAUCGCGACGAAGAACGAAAGAUUAUCAGACCCAUGCGUGAUUUAAACCCGGAUGAAAUAGACAACUAUUUGACUUUUUCAGAGAACCAACUGAAUUAUGUCGUGCUGGAAGAUCCUUUUAAAAAUAGCCCAAGUCUUCAGAACCUAACUAGCCAGUUCGUAGAUGGUCUACAGAAAACCUUUCCUUCGACAGUUUCCACGGUGUUUCGAACAGGAGAUAAAUUAUGCACACAGAUUGCUCCGGCUACGGUGGGACAAACAGGUGAUGAUGAAGAUUUGCUAAACCUGUUUGAAAAGUCAUUACAGCUAAACGUAUCCAACUCUUUGCCGACAAGGUGCAAGUUUUGUCAUUCUGCUUUAGAUUUUCAAGGAUCCAGCGCACUUUUUGCAACGGAAUUCUCACGAAUGGUAUCCUCGCGUAUCAAUGUAGAGCUGAGUCAUGAGGAAAUAGUUGAGAGCACGCGCCAAAUGGAGCAAGAUGCCGCUAAAGCAGUUAACGGUGAAGUUGAAGGUGAUGGGCAGGAAAUGGAAUCGCUUAGGAAAGAAUUGUGCCAUAGCUGUAGGAACAUCUUUCUGGACUUUUCCUCCGAAUGAUGUUUAUGCAUCCAACCCGUGGUGGUCGCACAAAUUGUAAAGCAGGGGCCCUAUUCUCACAGUCACGUCACCUAGUGACUAGAAGGAAA